AUGAGUGACUUCGGCGAUGAAGGACCACCCCCCGAUGCCGAGGGCCUCGACCGGCCAGACGAGCACGAAGACGAGCUUGACGACCUACACGACGAAUUUCAAGAUCCUCAACCAGAGCACGACGCUGACACGCGCCCCAACUUGGCCGACGACUCUGACGACGAAUCGCUCCUCUCUGAAGUCGAUGAAGCCCAAUUCGCGGAUUUCGACCCCAAAGCCGUCGAGGUCGCCCCCGACUUUGACACGCUGAACAAGUCUAUCAAGGUGAAGAAGAGGAAGAGAGCCGAGGGCGAAGAACCUGCGCCAAAGAAGAAGAAAGAGCGGAGGAGGGACAAGAAGUCACGACGAGCAGAGAGUGAGGCGCUUUCGGGUGGCGACCAGGUCGAGGGCAAGAGGAGGUCGCACAAACCCAAGGCGGCCAAUGGAGAAACUCAGCGACGUGCGCAGGUGGAGAUCAACGAAGAUGACCUGACACCUGAGGAACGCAGAAGACGGGCGUUGGACAGGGCUAUGGACGCCGCGGUCAAGAGAUCGUCAGGCAAGAGGAUGAGAAAGGGCGAGAUUGACCUCGAGCAAGCGGCGGACGCAGAGAUCGAGGACUUGCGCAACCGCAUGAUAACGGCCGCCGAAACGGACGGAGAGCUGGUGCGACAAGGUUUGCCAGCCUCUCAGAAACUCAAGAUGCUGCCCGAAGUGGUGAGCCUGCUCAACCGGAACACUUACGUCCAAUCCAUCUUGGACCCAGAAAUGAAUCUCCUGGAGGCAGUACGAUUUUUCCUGGAGCCGCUGACCGACGGCAGUCUCCCGGCGUACAACAUCCAGCGCGAGUUGUUCGCCGCUCUCUCCAAGUUGCCUAUGAACAAGGAGACUCUGAUCUCUUCUGGCAUCGGCAAGGUCAUUUUGUUCUAUCGCAAAUCCAAAAAGGCCGAACCGGCAAUCAAACGACAGGCCACCAAGCUCAUGGAGGACUGGUCGCGGCCUAUUCUGGGUCGUAGCGACGACCACACGAAGAAGGUCUGGGCCACGGCGACUUAUGAUCCAACAAAGAGACGAGAGGCCGCUCCCGCCGCGAUUCCCAAGCCGAAAUCCAACCUUGCUCCUGGUGAGAGAGUGAGCAAUAGGGCCAGGGUGCAGACGAGUCAUUUGAACUUCCACAUCGUACCCCAGGUCUCGUCUACUGUGCCACAUCGCUAG